UGACUACCUCUCUAGAACUAAACCAUGGCGCUUCAAGCGAGAGCUCUGGUCUCCUCUAAAUGGCUGACUGAGGCUGUGCAGCUGCAGGUGCAGCUCCAGAGGAAAAUGCGCAUCUUGGACUCUUCUUGGUUUUUGCCCAAACUGCGGCGCAACGCAAGGAGCGAGUUCAAGAAGAGGCACAUCCCGGGCGCAGCUUUCUUCGACAUAGACCAGUGUUGUGAUAAAACGUCUCCUCUGGACCACAUGCUGCCGUCAGAGAAGAGCUUUGCAGAUUAUGUGGGUAGGUUGGGGAUAGAGCGAGACACGCACGUGGUGGUGUACGACGCCAGCGAGUUCGGCGCGUUCUCUGCGCCGCGCGUCUGGUGGAUGUUCCGUGUGUUCGGGCACCGCGAGGUGUCGCUGCUCAACGGAGGGCUCCGGACCUGGCAGCUGGAGGAGCGACCGGUGAGCGACCGGUACGUCAGACCUACACCGGCCGAGUUCAGGGCCUCUCUGAACCGCUCCUGGAUCAAGACCUAUGAGGACAUCCUGGAUAACCUGGACACCAAAAGGUUCCAGGUGGUGGACGCCAGGCCAGCGGGCAGGUUCAGAGGCCUGGACCCUGAACCCAGAGACAACACAGAGCCAGGCCACAUCCCCGGCUCCAUCAACGUGCCCUUCCACUCCUUCCUGUCUCCGUCGGGUCACUUCCUGCCCAAGGAGCAACUCCAGGCUCUGUUCGCCCGAGCCGGCGUGGACCUCGGCCGUCCCAUUUGUGUCUCGUGCGGCUCGGCCGUGACUGCGUGUCACAUCGCACUGGCGGCCCACGAAUGCGGGCACCCGGGGGUGUCGGUGUACGACGGCGGGUGGUCGGAGUGGUACACCCGUGCCGUCCCCGAGCACGUCUUAUCUGAAGGACGGGGGAAACAUGUGUGAUUGGUUCAGGAUAGCGGGAGGUGAUGGGUUAAGACUGGAUCUGACUGGAUGAAAAGAAAGACGUUAUUUGAUUGUUUUUGUGUGCAAAGGUUUUAAAGGAAUGGUUUGACAUUUUGGGAAAUACUUCCUGCUUCUUUGCUGUCUUGGCGAGAGACACACAAAUCUGCCAUCCAGCAUCUACGAGUUUUACUAAUUUACACGUUACAUCUUGUCCGUUUAGUCUGUGCACAAAAAGAAAAGUAAAAGCGACAAGUUGUCGUUGUCAGAGCGAGGCUAGUAGGCUUGCCGCGGUAGUCGGUGUCACCAGUGUGACACGGUGCUCGGGCACACACUGAUUACAUCACGUACCCACCGCCCCCAACAGAAAUAAAACCCAUUAGUUCAUUUUGGCGUAUCAGCGCGUCCUGAUCCAACAUCCUGUGUUGCUGUAUAGCUUCAUAUUCAGUGUACAGUUAUGAGAGUGAUAUCAAUUUUCUCAUUUAUUUCUCGGCAAAAAAGCUAAGAAGCAAAAUUCCCAAAAUGUCAAACUAUGUGAAAUCCAUAUACUCCACUAAGUGACUUUUUAUUUUCACUCCAAAGACAUUAAUAGAAACCUCGACCAAAGAGCCACUAAUAUGUGAACACUAAACUUGACUGUUUAAUCAGUUUUAAAACUAGAAAAAAGGUUUGUUUACAGCUGUAAUGCUUAUGUUGGAAUAAAAAAAACUUUGAAUCACAAUGA